GAGUUUAGUGCAAAGUAGAAAAAGUCAUUAAACAAUCAAAAGCGUGCAAGUCAAUUAUUUCCCCAUUUUCAACAAAACCCCCAUACAAAAAGCUAUAAAAUUCAAGAAAAUUGAUAGGCAAUAAGUACAUAGAAAUCAAGAAAAUUGAGAGGAAAAGCCAUGGCGUUAUCUGUAUUACUGAAACGAACGGGGUUGAUGAAGUCAAUGGUCAACAACUUCGGGGCAUCAAGGGCUUACGCAUCGGUUGCAGUGGGCACGGACUUGAUAUCGGCUGCACCAGAUGUCUCUCUCCAGAAGGCUCGCUCCUGGGACGAGGGGGUUUCUUCCAAGUUCGCCACCACUCCUCUCAAGAACAUUUUUAAGGAUAAAAAAGUUGUCAUCUUUGGCCUCCCUGGUGCCUACACUGGAGUUUGUUCGGCUCAGCAUGUGCCUAGCUACAAGAACAACAUUGAUAAGUUCAAGGCAAACGGAAUUGACUCGGUGAUAUGCGUUGCUGUUAAUGAUCCCUAUGUAAUGAAUGGCUGGGCCGAGAGACUUCAGGCUAAAGAAGCUAUUGAAUUUUACGGAGAUUUUGAUGGGAGCUUGCACAAGAGUAUGGACUUGAUGAUAGAUCUAUCCUCUGCUUUACUGGGACCUCGAUCUCAUAGGUGGUCAGCUUACGUGGUUGAUGGGAAAAUCGAAGUCUUCAACUUGGAAAAAGCUCCAUCGGAAUUUGAGGUUUCUGGUGGAGAUGUUAUUUUGGGACAGAUCUAGACCAAUAUUUCCUUGGCAGAUGAUGGGCUAGUCUUUCCAGUUUUUGUAUAUUUCCAUUUGCCAUACCGGAUGAGCACAAGUGGUAUCAGCAAUAUGAGAAAAUAAGUAUCUAAAAUACAUUAUGAUCAAUAAAUGUGUACUUGUAUAAUGCUUGAUGUUGCUCUCCCCGGCUUCACUGAAUAUAAGGUGGUUGAUCUUCAUUCUGUUUAAUCUCGAAAUUAUUUCCCAGCUAAUAUUUUCUCAA